CGCAUUUUACCAAGACGUCAAGGCAAGGGCUGGUUACUUCCGCGUCCUUUUCGUUUCUCUUACGCGGUGGUGCUAUUUACCUUCACUCCUCCUCCUCCGCCUCCUCUCGCCGCGGAUUGUCGUCGGAGUGCGGCCUCCCGUCCGCCGAUUUUGAGGGAAGCCUCGGAACAGAUAAGGGUUCGCCGUUUGGAGUUCAACCUCGAGUGUUUACCUGCCAUGCCUGAUGCAAAGAGAGCUGUCCGUGAUGCGAAAAGAGCCGCGGAGGCCGCUCAUGAUGCUUAUUUGGCACAAUGUUAUAAAGUUCUGUACAAAAGAAGCGUAGUAGUGGUCCACAAUGUGGACGAAAUCCUAGCUUUAGUGGAGCUUUUAGCACACGCUCCAUCGCGAUUUCGGCUUGAAUUGGUGGAGGUCCAUGGCCCAAUCCCGGUUGGAGAUGUGGUAGACCCCCUCGUAAAAGAAAUGAGGGACAUGCUCGAGGCUAACGGCUUCAAAUUGCUAAAAGGGAAUACCUACUCCCUUCCUACCCAUGAGGAGCAGGCAUAGAGAGAAAUGAAGCAUGGUAGGUUUGCCUUGUUCAUGUAAUUGUUGAGGAAAUGAUUUGCUCCAAUUGUGAUGGAGAAGAUGGAUUUCCUCAGUACGUACUCUUUGGCCUUCGAUGAGCCUUGCAAUUUGCCGAUCUGUUGUCUUGUGAUGUUGAA